AUGGCCAGCAGGCUGUGGUGGAUGUCAAAACAAGACAGCGCUAAUAUCUUCCCGCUCCACUGGCAACUGGUUAAACAGCGCACCGUUAUCGUCACCGAGGAUCCCAAGCUGCAUCUAGUCUGGAUCCAUAACCGAAUCUUCAUCAAGCCGCUGCACUGA